UUUUAUGUUUCUAUCUCUUCUCUCUCUCUCUCUCUCUAUGUUUCUGUAAAAUUAAAUGAUGAACUGGUCUAAUGUUUGCUUGUGAAUUUAGGCUGAAUAAUAUAAAUUUAUUGAAAAAGAAGUUAUAUUUUUUGAUAAAUAUUAUAGCCCACGCUCAACAGGGUAACGCAUCCCAAGAACAACACAAGGGAAAAUUAGGGCCCCUAGACGCGUAAGUAUACACAAAGUCCACUAUCUCCUCUAUGGAUUUACAAAUUCUUCCUCGAAUCCAAAUAGAGAAAUUAAGCACACUAAUAGGGGUUGCCUUUCCCUCAAAGGACCUCUUAUCUCUUUCUCCAUAAAGACCACCACCACUAGCACUGAGGCACUACCAACAUAUAUAAUUUCAAUUCGCAUAGGUCAUAAUUUGGCCAUUUGAUUCCAGGUAGAUUGCUAAACUAUUCCUAAAUAUUUAAACCCGUGCUUGCAAGAGAACUGUUUUAUUUGGUUUGGUUCUUAACCUGCUAUCCAGUUCAAAUAAUUGUUGUGCCUAGAUACCUUAAUGUGCUAAAUUAUUCCUAAAUGUUCAUGUUAAUGUGCUUCUUUAGUUUUUAUUUUUGUUUUCUAGGUAGAAAACAUAUUUUCAUCGUUGGAAACAAAAUAUCAUCUCCAAAAGUCUAGCAGUUAUUUAAUUGCGAAAUAUGAUCUGACAAACUUUUAUGGAAAACAAAAUAUCAUCACCAUAUAAUAGCUUUUGACGCGCAUUAAGUUUCUAAUUUGUGGUCGUUAGGUUAGGGAUGAAACAGGAAAGCUCUCACUUGCUGCAAUUCCUUUCAUUUAAUCCUUCCAGAUGUUCCAGUCAUUUCCGGAGCUGUGGGAUCUAGAAAAGAGGGAGCAUGCAUUUUCGGUUUCUUUUCCUGCUGCGGUUGCUGGGGAGAUCCUUGCUGCUGCUCUUGUCUUUUCCGUUUCUUUUGCUGCUGUUGCUGAGGAGCUCUUUGCUGCAGUUGUUGCUGAGGAGCUCUUUGUUCCGGUCUUCUUUGCAUUUGCUGUUUUCGAUACUGAAUUCGACUUUGCUUUUUCUGUUCCCGUUGCUGUCUCAGUAGCUCUUGUUCUUCCUCUUUUUGUAGCUUCUUCUCACUCUUCUCUUUCUUCUCUUGUCCGGCAGUACCACUCAAGACCUCGAGAAGUCUGGGAUCAGAGACUCUUUUAUGCCAGUUGUUCCUGUAUAAAGAGUAUAGACCAGUAGUAUUAGCUCAAGUAUAUUAAGCUUUAAAAUUCGAGUUUAUGGAUUGUAGACCAGUAGUAUUUUAAUAUGUGGCUUAUUUGUUCAUGUUAGACUUGGGUGGACUGAUUCUUAAUAGUUAUUAAUGAAAUCCUUGUUGUGAAAUAGAAACUGUCAUGUGAGCAUGUUGUAGGAUUUGCAUGUUGUCUUCCUCAAGAAGUCCUUUUUCUUAUAGAAGUUUCGAGUAUUUUGAAAUUUGGAAUAAAUUUCAAGAAUUGAGUUAGACUCAAAACCAGCUGGUGAGUUUGAAAGCUUACUAGAUUACCUAGUUUCAAGGUCAUCCUUGUACUUAGUAAACCCUGCUUAAGCAACUACCACAUGCAGGCUUCUCUC